AUGGAUGAGCUGCAAAAAAAAAGAAUUAUAAACUUAUUUAAUUUAAAAAAAAAUGAUCUGGGCUAUAUCGAUAAGCAAGAUCUGAUAACAAUACUGAAGUCUUUAGGACUAAGGAUAUGCUAUGAAAUAUUUAAAGAUAAUAAAGAUUUUUACAAUUUUGAUGAAUUAAAUGAAUAUGCUGAAAAAUUGAAAACAAAUUAUUAUACAAAACAAAAAAUCGAAAAUAGUAUCCUAUUUUUAAAUCCAGACAACACUACAAUAAAUAAAAAUAUCUUAAAGAGUAUUUUAUGUGAAAAUGGAAAUAAAUUCACAGAAGAUGAAUUUAAAAAGUUUCUUAUCAAUAUUCCAGUUACUCCAGAAGGAAAUAUAAACCAUUCCGAUCUAAUUGAUAUGUAA